GUUCUGUUCCAUUCAUGCAAUGUAAUGAUUAUGUCGAAAUAUAUUGGACAGAAGUAUUUUUCGUUUAAAAAGAUAAACAAGACAAAAACGUCUAUUGGUUUUUAUUAUACCAGAUUAUACCAGUAGAUUGCACCUUAAACUACUCUUGUUUACGUAUGUACUGGUUGAUAUCAUCUUGUUUACCGUUGAUUGUAGUGUUGAGCGUGACUGAAAACAAUCAAUCGAGAAUUGGUUUGAGAGGACUACGGAAGAAUGGCAGAAGAUAUGACAGCAGCAAUUGUCAAUAAAAAUGCAGUAGUAAGGCUUUCUCAGGAACAAAGGACAAAUGCUAGAGACAAAACACAUGAGCAAAGAAAACCAAAGAAAAAACGAAAGAAAAUUGGCGAAGAUACUAAACAAGUAAUCAGUGCUGAAACAAACGGCGACUGGUCAGUGAAAAACAAAGUAACAGAUGAUAAAAAUAAAGAGUGUCAUCGUUCAAGGCUAGAACGUCAAUCGUAUCUUACAAACACAUUGGUGUUAACUGAAGGAAUAAAAUCCAUCAAGUCAUUCGGAAAAAUAUUACAACCACGAGGCGAGCCAAGGUCGGUAAGUGUUUUACAACCAGUUAUUCAAAUAAAAAUUCCGAAAGAAGUAACAUGCUAUCCAUUGACAGGUGCAUCUUAUUCAAAGCCUUUGAUACCACAGGAUGAUAUAUCAAUCCCGACACAAGUGAGCGAAAGUCAGGAAUCAAACACAAAUGAAAUAGUUUUCUCCAACGGCAGAUCUAUUAAGGUUGAACACACUACGAACGGCAAUACAUCAAGUGAACAAAAUUCGUCGAACGUUGGAGCUGGCUUUGGUGGUAACCCAAGACACUUAUCUCAUCACCAAACUCAAUGCGAAAACUAUGUUCAGUUUAACUCUGAUAGAAACAAUUUGCAAAGAAGACCACCGAGGCCCCCAAGACAUCCAGAGUAUACAGAAUAUGAUCAAAGGCUGAAGUCGUUUGCCAGAUGGUGGAAGCAACAUCCAGAUCCGACGACACUUUGUAACGCUGGCUUCUUUUUUACAAACGAGGCUGAUCUAGUUCGUUGCUAUCAGUGUGGUAUUGGACUUAAGGAUUUCUCCUAUGGCGACAAUCCGUUGAAUGAGCAUGUUAAACAUUCUGGCGAAUGUUCUUAUCUACAGGAAUACCUUGGCCAAGAGCGACUAGCAAUUAUCAAGAGUCAGAUACAGACCCAGGACCAAGAGCUGAAUUAUCAAAAGCCGUCAAAUACACUGACCACUGAAUAUCGACAUCCAGAGUAUAAAUCAUACCAUGUUAGACUUUCAUCAUUCUCUCGAUGGCCACAAAGCCUGAUGCAGAGACCAGAACAACUCGCAAAAGCAGGGCUAUACUAUACAGGUCUUGAGGAUACCGUGAGAUGCUUUGCUUGCGACGGAGGACUCCGGAAAUGGGAUCCUGAAGACGAUCCAUGGAUCGAGCAUUGUCGAUGGUUUCCGGAAUGUCCGUUUGUCAGGAAAGAAAAAGGAGAAGACUAUAUCGGUCUCGUACAGGCCACUUCUGCAAUGCAUAUUCAAGAAAGACUCGGUAACAAAGACGCACCAUCAAAUGAAACAUUCUCUAAUGAUUUAACAGGUAACCUGGAACGUCUUACACUUGAGGAUCCUGAUUUGAAUGCUGUUAUUGAUGAACACAGAGAAACCUGUCUAGAAAUGGGAUAUUCAGAGAAGGAUUUCAACAUUGCCGUGACGAAACUAGCAAAAAAUGGAAAUGUCAGACCAACUUUAGAAGACAUUCUUGAUUCCAUAGAAGAUGCAGAACAGAUAGAAAGUCAAACAGAGCUUCAUAAAAAUGAGACACCAAGAGAAGAAAAUGUUCGUCUGAAAAGCAUGCUGUUCUGUAUGACCUGCGGCAUUAACGCAGUGAAUGCCUUGUUUCUACCAUGCACCCAUCAUAGAAUGUGUAUGGAUUGUGCAAAACAAGUGUCCCAGUGCCCUGUAUGUGACAGAAAUAUCCGACAGAAAAUAAAAACAUAUUUGGUUUGAUUAAUUAGAAAAAAGUGGAAACUUCGCAGGCCGCUCAACACGACAAAAACGAAAAUGUUGCAGGCUCGGUUUUAAUGUUGCAGUCAAGUUUUAUAACAAUAUGUUUCAUAAUUAAAACUGCAUGAAGAAAAGUUGUGUCUCUUUGUUCACUUCUGUACUGAGUAGCCUUUAUUGUUAUCAAGCCUGCCAGAAUGUAAUGGUACAACGCGUCAUGCAGAUGCAGCUGUACAUAAAAAACGGCGUUACUAUAACGACGCAUUAUGCAGAUGCAGCUGUAUAUAAAAAACGGCGUUACUAUAACGAUGCAUUAUGCUGAUGCAGCUGUAUAUAAAAAACAGCGUUGCUAUAACGACGCAUUAUGCAGAGGCAGCUGCAUGAAAAACAACGACGUUUCUAUAACGACGCUGCAUUGUGCAUUUUGAUGUCAGAGUGUUUCGAAUUAGUUCUUGUCCCAGAAUGAUGCUCUUUAGUUCCAACGAAGAAACUUGCGGAUAUUGAAACUAAAAGGAUGUAUAUUAAACGCAUUUUCCAGUGUUUCGAAAGCGCUCUCCCAGUGUUGUCAAAGAACAAACUUACAGGGUAUAGCUUUACAAAACCAACAAUCAGUUCUUAUAGGAACAGUCUGGAAACGUAAAGAACUACCACGACCAAGUGACCUACUUUUUCCUCCUACAAGAACUUCGUGCAAAUCAUUCUGAUAAUACUGGUAUAAUACAUCUAUUCUACAAGGUGACAGGUGGACAAUUUAGGCCCUCUCUGAAUUAAUGCGUUUUCUCAUCUGUAAACUUAUUCAGUCAGACUCUUUUCAGUAUAGUUUCUUACUGUAGAAACUAAGUGUGGUCUAAACUUACCUAAAUGCAUCAAGUACUGUGCAUACUACUGCAUUAAUUUAAUAAUAUAUUUAGCCAUUAAACACAUUGACCUUAUAUGUCUUUUCCAAUUCAUACCUAGAUACUUGUUAUUUCUCAUUUUCUUCAUGCAAAGCAUGUAUAUAUAUAUCAUCAUGGAAAUACAAAAGAUCAGAUUUUUGAGGCGCGUCUUUAAAAAAGUCACAUCGAGUAUAAUAAUUUGGCGUGUUUUGAUUAUUUGCGUUGUAAACCUGGGUUAACCUGUUGUAAAUAUAUUUCUUAACAUAUUUGUAUGUGGGAAUAUCAUAGAUUAAUCAAACUGCAUCAUUUUUGGUGUUUCUCUAUAAAUAUGGGCAUAUCAGAUAUUUCUUUGCUUUUAUAGUUUACACUAUAGUUUGCACUUUGGAUCUGACACUUUUUAAUGGGUUGGGAAUUUAUGGAAAUUUAGAGCCAAUUUUAGAAAUGCUAAGUAUAAAUUAACAAUCUUAUUUGUAUUUUCAUUUGCAUAACUGAAAUUUAUGUUCAUUUUAUUUGGAUCACUUUGGAAUUGUUUGACAAUAUUGACACUAUUAAGGCAUUUGCAACACUGGCGUAUAUUUAAGUUGUAGACGUUUAUUAGUGAACAUAAUUUAGAUCUUUGUAAUUGUGAAUGUGUGUUUUUAUGAGUGAACUUUAGAUUAAAUAGAUUUAUAAAACUGGA